GUGAACGACACAAUCAUCGAGCUCGGGCUGAGUCUGCUGCACGAGAAGAUCAGACAGCAGAAUCCCGCGCUCGCCGCGCAGAUCCACAUCUUCUCGUCGUUCUUCUACAAGCGCCUUACCGAGAACAAGGACAAGGCAGCGGGCUUUGAAUCGGUGCGCAAGUGGGCCAAGACGAACGUGUUCGAGAAGAAGUACCUCGUCGUGCCGAUCAACGAGCAUCUGCACUGGUACCUGGCGAUCGUCGUCAACCCGUCCUUCUGCAUCGCUCCACACGCGCUCGAGAAGCGCGCGAUCGAGGAGGCAGAGCGUACUGCAGACUCUCGCUACCGCGGCUGGCUCAAGGACAGCACCACCGUCUGCAUCUUCGAUUCGCUCGGAGGCAAGCACCAGGCGGUGCGCACGAAUCUCGCCGGAUACCUUACUCGUCAGCACCUGUCGCUGCGUGCCCAGACGCCGCCCGGUGAGCUCAAGAAGGAGGAGCUGUUGAAGACGGAGCACAUCGAUGUCGCGAUGCCCCAGCAGCCGAAUCUCAGCGACUGUGGCGUCUACGUUCUGCACACGUUCGAGUGCUUCUUC